CUCAUAACAAUGGCGGACUCACCUGCGGAGGUCUCCGCCGCCCCGGCAGAGGGAUACGAAAAGAAAUGCAUCUUCUGCAAGAUUGUAAAUAACGAAAUGGACACGGAGCUUCUUCACCGUGAUGAAGAAAUUUCAUGUUUCAGGGACAUCAGACCUGCUGCUCCUCAUCACUACCUGGUAGUCCCAACCAAACAUGUUGGAAACUGUAAAUCACUUCAUAAAGAACACGUGCCUCUGGUGAAACAGAUGGUUGAAACUGGGAAGGAAAUCCUGCAGAAAAGCAAUGUUACAGACCUCAGUGACGUCAGGUUUGGUUUUCAUUGGCCUCCAUUCUGUUCAGUCACACACCUUCACCUUCAUGUCCUGGCACCUGCCAGUCAAAUGGGAUUCCUGUCCCGCCUCUUCUACAGACUCAACUCCUACUGGUUCAUUACUGCAGAUCAGCUCAUUGAUCUUCUCAACUCUAAAGGAGAAACCAACUGAUCACGAGGAUUAAACCCUAAAUUGUAAUGAAGUGGCACCAGUUUCUUGCAGAGGUCUUGCAGGACGGUACAUGCAUUAUAUUGCAUAUUUACAGUGAGUCUGCCUACAGCUAUCAACACUGACAGUAAUUUGAUGACAUAAUUGUUAACAAUUUACUGCUUUUUUUUUUUUUUUUUUUUUUUAAGUUUGACGUUCAAGAACAGAGGUAGUACAAGUAGGAAUGGUUUUGCUGAAAUGUUUGACUACUUAUUAGCUGGAAGAAAAACCAAUCAACUUUAUGGACCAAGGAUCCGCAGAUCUGAUUUAAUUUAAAAGACUAAACUCUGUCUUGUAACUGGUACAUUGAAAGCACUGAGCUGCUGUAUCCAUGUGCUUCUCUGCACCAUUAUAACCCCCAAUAUGACUAUGGGGGGAAACUUGAACACCUGCAGAAAGCCUGGAAUGAAAUCAGGGAUAUCGUAUUGUGAGACCACUACACCCAUGCAGCCAUAUUCAGUGUUAAACAACCUUUGAUCUGGACUUAUCUGCAGGUAUCUCAUUGUUUGAUCAUCCUUAUAAAACGACAGGUCAGCAUCACAUUGCUGCUUGAUUUCUCAUAAUGCCUGCUUUCAUGGCUGAAGCAUGUGAAAACUGAAGUAUGGCUUAAAGGAAGACUAAAGUGUGUUUGACCCUACAGCCGUGCACUCUCUUAUAAUUUAAGUGAUAUAUGUGGCAUGUAUGGCAGUAUGUGGCUGUGUUUCCUGGAUUAAAGCUUGAGCGUGAUGGAAAAUGCCCUUUGUAUUCAGAUGUUAGUCCAUUAUGACGUGACAUUUACAGAUGCUACACUGUGUAUAUUCACAAGAUGUAAUUCAAUUCUGUCUGAUGUAUGCACUUUAUUAAUCAUGUUGAUGCAGAAUAAAUAAUAU